AUGGUAUCCCCUUACCACUCUUCAUCCUUCCGCUCCCUCCUCCUAACACUCUGUACCCUCAUAAUCACGAUCAGCACCUCCUCCGUUUCGUCACAAGACGAUGAUGAUCAAGGCCAGAGAUUCCAAGACUGCGCCCGCCUGUUCGAGUGCGGCGACAUCCAAGCCGCCUACCCUUUCUGGGGCGGCGGCCGCCCUAGCUACUGCGGCCUCUCCGACCUCAACCUCACUUGCAACGCGACCACCCAGAUCACCACCAUCACCAUCCUAGACCUCACUUAUCAGGUCCUCCGAGUCGACGAUUUCUCCCGUAUCCUAACCCUGGUCCGGGCCGACAACCGGGCCGAUCUCUGCCCCGCGGAGCCCCUCAUCAACACCACCACCAUUGAAUCCUCUCUGCUCUCUCUCGCGCCGGACACUCAGUUAGUCACGCUUUACUACGGGUGCUCGCCGCUGGGGAACGGGGUCCAAGCCCCGGCGAGUUUGGGGCGGUUCAAUUGCGGCCGCGACAACAGUUCCCAGGACUACUUUGUGACGAGCGAGGGCCUGGCGGGGUCCUACGACGCGGCGGUCAGGACCUUGUUGGGUUCCUGCGGGGCUCGAGUUACGGUUCCGGCGAAUCGGACGGCGGUGGCGGGAUUGGAAUCGUCGCCUACGGCGGAGAGGUUGGAGGCGGCCAUUGGCCAGGGGUUUGGGGCGAGGUGGGCCGCGAAUGACACUUUGUGCGCCACGUGUCGGGAUUCCGGUGGCCAGUGUGGGUCAGUCGGGGGGUCGUUUACUUGCUGGCCGCCGGUCGAGUUUUGGUUCGCCCAUGUCGUAUGGCAAUUCAGCCCUCCUCUGUAG